UGGUAAAGUUAGUUUGUUGUGUUCUUGAAUGUGGUGUUGUUAAAUAUGUUGGUGAGCAUAGGACAUGUAAUGUGAUAGUGUUGUUCAAUGAUGUUGCUGUAUAUCCGCUAACAUGUGAUAAGCCUCAAGGGGACUUCGAUUUUUUUCGUGAUUUUAAGUGCAUUGGAUUUAUACAUUACUGUGCAAUGGUGUACGAUAGAGACAGGCGACGCAGGAGUCGAAGUCGUGACAGAACUGAAAAAGAUAGAGAACGGCGUAGCCGUAGCCGUGAGAGGAAAGAUAAAGACAGGGAACGUAGAAGUCGCAGUCUCGAUAGGUUAGACAAGGAUCGAGACAGAUUAAAAGAAAAGGACCGUGCAAAAGACAGGGCAAGAGAGAGAGAACGCGACAAGGAUAAGGGCUAUGUAAAAGAUAAGGAUAGAGAUAGAAAGGAGAGAACCAAGAAAUCGAGAAGUUUAUCACCUGACAGACUGAAAGAUCGAGCAAAACGACGACCGGACAAAGAUCGGUCAGCUACAGAGAAAGAUGGUGAUGACUCCAAACUUAAAGAAGAAGAUGAGGAAGGAUCACACGAACAUGAUGCGAAGAAGGAGCCAUUGUCGCUGGAAGAGUUGUUAUCCAAAAAGAAGGCCGAGGAGGAAGCAAGAAGCAAGCCAAAAUUUCUAACGAAAGAAGAGAGAGCCAUGGAAGCCCUAAGAAGAAGACAAGAAGAAGUGGAUUCAAUCAAGAAAAAACUUGAGGAGGAGCGAAAAAAACGCAUGGAAUUUGGCAAAGAAGCUGUAAAGUCGUUUGAGACUCAACGAAAAGACAAAGAUUCAGAUAGAUCCAAGGAUUAUAGACGACAUGAACCUGUAAAAAAAGAUAAAGAAGAAGACACGCAGUAUAAUAAAGACAAAGAGAAAGAGGUCGAAGCCAUCAAGGAACGUUAUCUUGGUCUAAUCAAGAAAAAACGACGAGUCAGGAGACUUAAUGAUCGGAAGUUUGUGUUUGAUUGGGAUGCAUCAGAAGACACAUCAGUGGACUACAAUCCCUUGUACAAAGAACGUCAUCAAGUUCAGUUUUUUGGACGUGGAAAUUUAGCUGGAAUUGACAUAAAGGCGCAGAAGCGCGACCAGUCCAAGUUUUACGGAGAACUUUUGGAAAAACGCAGGACAGAAGCAGAAAAAGAGCAAGAAAAAAUAAGAUUGAAAAAAUUGCGAAAGAAGGAAGAGAAACAGAAGUGGGAUGACCGUCAUUGGUCCGAAAAAUCGCAAGACGAAAUGACAGAGAGAGACUGGCGAAUAUUUAGAGAGGACUAUAACAUUACUAUCAAAGGUGGUCAUAUCCCAGAUCCUAUUAGAACUUGGAAGGAAUCAGGAAUUCCCAAUGAAAUACUUCAAAUUAUUGAGAAAGUUGGUUAUAAUGAGCCAACACCUAUCCAGAGGCAGGCAAUUCCCAUUGGCUUGCAGAACCGUGAUAUUAUAGGUGUUGCAGAAACAGGUUCUGGUAAAACAUUGGCCUUCCUCAUACCACUGUUGAUGUGGAUACAGUCUCUGCCAAAAAUUGAGAGAGUGGAAGAUGCUGAUCAAGGACCAUACUCAAUUAUAUUGGCACCCACCCGUGAGUUGGCCCAACAGAUUGAGGAGGAAACUAACAAAUUUGGCCAGCCAUUAGGUAUACGUACAGUAGUUGUUGUUGGUGGUUUGUCAAGAGAGGAACAAGGUUUCAGAUUGAGAAUGGGGUGUGAAAUAGUGAUUGCCACUCCUGGACGUCUUAUAGAUGUUUUGGAGAACAGGUAUUUAGUCUUGAAUCAGUGUACCUAUAUUGUUUUAGAUGAAGCUGAUCGAAUGAUUGACAUGGGUUUUGAACCAGAUGUCCAGAAAAUCCUAGAUUACAUGCCUGUGACAAAUCUGAAACCUGAUACAGAAGAUGCUGAGGAUGAAACAAAGCUUCUGGCUAACUAUAACACAAAAAAGAAAUACAGGCAGACUGUUAUGUUUACAGCUACAAUGCCGCCUGCCGUAGAGAGAUUGGCACGGACUUAUUUGAGGAGGCCUGCAGUUGUAUAUAUUGGAUCUGCAGGCAAGCCAACUGAAAGAGUGGAACAGGUUGUGUAUAUACUUCAAGAAAACGAUAAACGCCGCAAGUUGCUAGAGAUACUGGAACGUGGUGUAACUCCACCAGUUAUCAUUUUUGUCAACCAGAAGAAGGGUGCUGAUGUUCUGGCGAAAGGUCUUGAGAAAUUGGGAUACAGUGCUUGUACUCUUCAUGGAGGCAAAGGACAAGAACAACGUGAAUAUGCAUUAGCUAGCCUUAAGAGUGGCACAAAAGACAUUCUUGUUGCGACUAAUGUUGCAGGAAGAGGUAUUGAUAUAAAGGAUGUAUCAAUGGUUAUAAAUUACGACAUGGCAAAAAGUAUUGAAGAGUAUACCCACAGAAUUGGCAGAACAGGUCGUGCUGGAAAACAUGGUAUGGCUAUAUCAUUCUGCACCAAGGAUGAUUCUGAUCUGUUUUAUGAUCUCAAACAGACUAUAUUGUCAAGUCCAAUAUCCACGUGCCCACCAGAAUUGUUAAACCAUCCAGAUGCACAACACAAACCGGGCACUGUAGUUACAAAGAAACGAAGAGAAGAAAAAAUAUUUGCAUAAUUAUGUGUGAACUACUGUGUUGUUGUGUGUGUUUGCUACAAAGUAAGUGUCAAUGUUGUAGUGUACAAAACCUCUGUUGUAUAAUAAUUUUGUGUGUGUGUUGGGCACUACAGCUGAAAUGACACUGUUGUACAAAACAUCUGUUGUAUAAUAAUUUUGUAUCAUUUAUUUUUUUGUUUUCAGCGGACACUUGAUGUUUAUUGUUUUGUGAUUCCUUACUAAAUUUAAAAAGUACUGAAGUUACAUAUUAUGGAAAAUAUUUUUGUAUAUCUUCGAAUGGCAUUUGGUAGUUAUGAUGAAUGCUGUUCUUUGUGGUGUGUUUACAAUUUAUUCUUGAUAUUCAUGUAAUGACAACAUUGUGCAACCAAAUUUAAGUGUAAGGAGAAAUGACAGGGGUUAAUGAUUCAUAGUGAUAUACGUUUUAAGUUUAACAACACUCAGUUAAUGUGCGUGCGAACAAAAAGGGGAAAAUGCCUGGCUGCUCUUAAUAAGUUGAUAGUUAUCCAUAGUAUCAGAGGGACAAGUUCUUUGUGACUACCAAGUUUUGAUAUUUCUUCAUUUAUGUUAAAUAUAUUUCCAGUCUUCAUAACUGUUCUACUGCACUAUUUUAUUUUUGUUUCAUAAAGUUCUGUGGAUUUCUUUUUUUGUUUUUCAUUGCAAAUAAAAUGCACAACUUUUCUGGAU